AUGAAAGUAUUGUUCGAGUCUCAAGAAUUGUGGGACAUCAUCAAUCAAGGUGUUGAUGGACUUAUAGAAUUGAACGAUUUCACCGAAGAACAGGAAGGGGAAAUCAGAGAACUUAAAAAGAAAGACAAGAAGACACUAUUCACGAUCUACCAAGCUGUAGAUGAAGCGAUAUUUGAGAGGAUAUCUACAACAGAAACAGCGAAAGAAGCAUGGGAUAUGCUACAUAGAACAUACAAAGGAGAAGAAAAAGUCAAGACAGUAAGACUCCAAACUUUGAGAUGCAAAUUCCAUGGUUUAAAGAUGAAGGAUUCAGAAACCAUCGAGGAUUUUUACAACAAAACUAUCCUUGUUCUGAAUCAACUUCGUCUCAAUGGUGAAAUAAUAGAAGAUAGAAGAGUUGUAGAAAAGAUCUUAAGGAGUUUAACUCGAAAAUUUGAAUAUGUGGUAGUAGCGAUAGAGGAAUCAAAGGAUAUCUCUAUUAUGUCACUUGAAAGAUUGUUGGGAAUCCUGCAGUCUCAUGAACUCAGGAUGAAACAGUUCGAUAGCAAUCCAUAUGAGCAGGCGUUUCAAUUGCAAUCACCAAGUAGUUCAACCCCUCAAGACAGAAACAGGUUUCAACCGAGAGAGUCAGAGACGGAUUUCAAGGGUAAGGGCAGAGGCAAACCUUCUCCUAUGCAGUGUUAUCACUGCCAGAAACUUGGACACAUAGUGAAAUUUUGUAAGAAAAGGAUCGCAGAAGAAAGGGAAAACAACUUUGUUAACAUCGAAGAUAAUGAAGAUACCAUGUUUAUGAUUUUAAACACACUUGAAUUACUAACUGAAGAUACAUGGUACAUGGACAGCGGAUGCAGUAACCAUAUGACAGGAAACAAGUUCAAAGAGAUGUAG